AUGAACAAAUCGAACAUCAAUUUUGUCCCUCUUCAAGGUGGUGUCAGUGUUUCUUCAAUUAUGAUAGACUUGAAUUUAGACAUUGAACAAAUUGAAGUUAACAGAGAGACACGGCAGGUGUUGUGUGUUGGAAACACAAGCAAAAACACUACCAAAAUACAAUUCACAAUUUCAACGAACAUCACAAAGUUUACGAUUCGAGUUGAUCCAGAGGUUGUCACACUUAAAAGUGGUUUUGCAUGUGAAUUUUCCGUAUAUUAUGUCAAGCCAUUAUGUUCUUGUAAAAUUAACAGUACAAUUCAAUUAGUUUCCAAAAAUCUUAAAACAAAUGAAGAAAAAUACAAUGAAAUUCCACUUAUUGGUGUGACACAACAGACAGCUCGAAUUGAUUAUGAUGAAUUGAGUGAAGACAAGAAACUUGGUGAAGGCUCGUUUGGUAUCGUUUAUAAAGGAAGUUUUAGAGGAAAUAUUGUAGCUAUCAAGAUAAUGAAAAGUGUUUUAGAUGAUAAUAAGUCGAUGGAUGAAUUUGAGAAUGAAGUGUCUAUGCUUGAUAAAUUUAGGUGUGAAUAUAUUGUCCAUUUUUAUGGUGCAGUGUUUAUUCCAAAUAAAAUAUGUAUGGUUACUGAAUUUGCACAUUAUGGCAGUUUACAAAAUUUGAUGAAACACAAAACAAGUGAAGAAGUUGACAUCAAAAUGAGGUUGAAAUUUAUGAAUGAUUCAGCAAGAGGAAUAUUGUAUCUACAUGAUAAUGAGAUACUACACAGAGACAUUAAACCAGACAACAUUCUCGUGUUUUCUUUCAAUCUUAAUGACAAAGCAAAUGCAAAAUUGACUGAUUUUGGGUCAUCAAGAAAUGUCAACAUGUUAAUGACUAACAUGACAUUCACUAAAGGUAUCGGAACACCAAUUUACAUGGCACCUGAAGUGUUGAAAAAGGAUAAAUACAAAAAACCAGCUGAUAUAUAUUCAUUUGCUAUUACUAUGUAUGAAGUGUUUGGAUGGAAAGAAGCAUACUCAAUACAGACAUUUAAAUUUCCAUGGAAAAUAGCCGAGUUUGUAACAGCAGGUCAACAUCUUGAAAACAGAGAUAAUAUUCCAGGUGUGUUGUUUAAAAUUAUUCAAACGUGUUGGAACCAAAAUCCAAAAGAAAGAAAAACAAUUAAGAAUGUUGUUGAUUCACUUAAUUUGGUAACAAAAGAUAUUUCAAUCAACACCGUGAAAUAA